UAUGCUUGAAAAAACCUUCUCUACUUUUCAUGCAUCGAAUAUGGUGCUACAACAGCAAUAUAGAGAGAAGGGUUUUACUAAAUAUUCCCAGUUGAUUUCAUGUCUUCUGGUGGCUGAACAAAAUAAUGAGCUGUUGUUAAAAAACCACGAAGCACGUCCUACUGGCUCAAUCCCAUUCCCCGAGGUGAAUAGUGUGUCUAAUAAUAAUAAUGCUAAGGGCCAUGGCCGUGGCCAUAGCCGUAGACGGGGAAAUGGAAGAUAUCGUGGUUAUAAUCCUGGUAGUGGACAAAAUCGUCGCGGUGGUUACAAUUCCAAGAAUAAAAAUUACCAUCGAAAAGGGGAAAGUAGUGGUGCAAAACAUGAUAAGGACAAACGUGAAAAUUAUUCCAAACGUACUGAAAGCAUAUGUUAUCGUUGUGGCAUGACUGGCCAUUGGGAGCGCGUUUGUCAUACAUCAAAGCACUUUGUGGACCUCUAUCAGGCAUCCCUGAAAGGAAAAGCAAAUAUAGAGUCCAACAAUGUUUUUAUGGAAGACGAUUUUGUUGACACACAGUUGGAUGUUGAAGAUUAUCUUGGGCCAGUUGAAAAUCUAAAUUAAUGU